CACAGGUUGCGGGUGCCUAUCUAAGCUGCACGACACACGCAUUGGUGAUGACGGCCGAUGUAAGCGGCCGCCCUGGCCUUGUCGGCUUGAGUACGCCUGAGCGCACACUGCGACACCACGUGCAUAGAAGCAAAGAUGACCGGACAUAAGAACAGCUUGGAUCUCAAACCUCUCAUGAUGGCACCGACGAAGUAUGUUGAUCGCCCUGUGCCGACAAUUUCCCUCCACGACUUCGAUGCGCGCAUCGAUGUGAUCACACAGGAACUUGUCGAUGCUGCAGAAAAUCAUGGUUUCUUCUGCAUUGUAGACCACGGCAUAACACGCGACGCUGUCGACGGCAUCUUCAAUCAGUCAGCACGUUUUUUCAAUCAGCCCGAUCCUGUGAAAUCGCAGGUGCCAUUCUCCCCUCAACACAAUGCCGGAUGGGAGAAGAAUGCUCAAAUCCGGCCAUCUACUGGUGCAGUCGACCGCAAAGAGUCUUAUCAAAUGCAAUUUGGCGAAGGCAUGAAUGGUCGAUGGCUGAGUGACCAGACCCUUCCGGGAUUUCGAGCAGAGGCUUUGGAGUUCAUGCUCAGAGUACAGACAGUCAGCGAGAGGCUCAUGAGGUGCUUCGCGCGAGGGUUGAACUUCGAGGAAGACUACUUUGUCAAAGCUCACGAUGUCAGCCGACCAGAGUCUCAGACUGUCUGCCGAUUACUGCAUUACUUUGAGACUCCGCAGGUGCCGAAUCCAACAGGAGAGGUGCAUCAUCGAGCGGGUGCACAUGCCGACUGGGAUUUCUUGACUCUGCUGUUCCAGAAGGCAGGGCAAUCCGGUCUUGAGAUAUGUCCGGGGCGGGAAGUAUCAACUUCGUUCGGAUACGGGGAUGCGUGGACCAAGGUUGAGCCGGACGCAGACCAGAACGCAAUCGUCUGCAACGUCGGUGACCUCCUUAUGUCGUGGUCAGAUGACCGCUUCAAGUCGACCUUUCAUCGUGUUAAGGCUCCAUGUGAGCCCGAUGACUUCUAUGGCGAACGCUACAGCAUCGCCUUCUUCAAUCAGCCAUGCAAAGACGCCAAAAUUCAGGGUCCAUUGAAGAAGUAUCCAAUGGUGACGGGUGAAGAGUUCACGAGGAAUGCUAUGAGUCGGAACUAUCAGGCCAUACAAGACAAGUUGAAGAAAGAGAAGGAGCCGACGAUAAAGGCUGUUGAGGUAGACGCAACGGCAGCCCCAGUGAGUGCCACCGCGUGAUACACGCCAUCGGAAGUGGUGGUUGAUCUCUCAAAAAAACAAUGAUAUGCCUACCGAGAAGACCAUUCAUCAAGUCAGAUAGUUUUCUAGAGUGAUAUUAUGGUAUUGUGCCCUUACCAUCUAGACCUCGGGUAUUGUUGACAGGCCUUGGCGCUCUUGCCUAUCCUCUCACUUAUGUUCAGCCUUAUGUCCCCUGCCAGCUGCGUUUCGUCAACCCAAUUCGACCGUAUUUACUGCGCCAUUCAAUACAGCAAGUGUAAUACUCGUUAUGGCGUCGACGACCCUGCCCUCGGCGGAUACCUGCUUUAUCGAGAAACUGCCC